CUUGUGUUCACGACAACGAUGCAGCGCCAGUGGCUCCACUGGAAGAAUCGCGUCCUGUAUGCUGUCAACAAGCUCCAGUACGACGCACAGAAGAAGGCGGAGUUGAUCUGGUAUGGGUCGAAGAACGUCGGGAGCGCACAUGCCAAUGUGUCGGUGCCAUUUAUGGUCACAAGGCAGAUGAGAGUGCAGCUUGCCGAGAUUGGAUUCCCGUCGCAUGUCGUAGCGGCGCUUACUCCAGCGGACGCGCACGCGAUUCUGCAAAGUAACACUUCGUAUGACAUUUAUUUCACGCAAGCCAAAGCGCGUGCAACCACGUCAAAGAGCACUGGAUCAAGCGCGAUGGAGAGCUCGGUGUCGACGGAUGCAUCCACCACCAACCAGCACUCUUAUGCAUUGACGUUUGUCCCAAACACAGAGGACAAAGACGGUAAGGAGUGCGCAGAACGUUGUACAACGGCUGCGGCGCUCGUUAUCGUGCCUGAAAAGGCACCGUCAUCAUCAGCAUAACCUGCACUAGAAUCAACCUCAUUCGUUUUGUAAUAUCGUUGACCUUGGAUC